AUGGCUGCUUCAAUCGACAACAACAACGGCAGAGGAACAGACCCAUCGGUGGUCCUUGUUUCCAACAGCAACACCUGCGUCGGCAACAACUGCAAUGAUCUUCAGUGGUUCCCUCUCGGCCAUUCACGACAUCCGACAACGAAGUUGGACACGAGAUGGUCGUCCGUAGCUCAUGGCGGUGACGAAGGGAGAGCAAUCAACGAGCGAACAACAGCAAUACACAUGCACUCGUUUCCUGGAUUCCAUCGUUAUUCGUUACUGCCGGUGACAGGGGCGUUUGAUGAUGCUAUGUGGUCGGGGUGGCAACGGCGCUGGAGAUGGGUGAGGCGAGUGUGGCGGCUGGAGGAUGAGGAGCAUUUAGGGUUAGGGUUAGUGUAA